CUGACUGCUGACCGGCAAUGGUAAUCAAACCAAAAUCAUGACAAGCCUCAACAUCACCCGUCAAGCAACCCGACUCAACUCCUUCAACUACACCUCUUCGACACGAGUAUCGCCUAACUGGACGUACCGCGCCUCGCAUUCUCUUCGAGUCAAACCUCGACUGAUCCAUUCAGGAUCUAAUCCCUCUCCGCCACCACCCAAAAAGCGGGCACUUGUCGACAUCGCGCUCAUUGCUGCUGGUUUCUUUUCGAUCGGAGCUACCGUCCUCUGGCUUCAAUCCAACAGACAGAAGAAAGUUGAUGACCCUCUAUUUGGGGCCGCACAAAGCAGAGAGCAAUUCGAAAUCCCGAUCGCCAGCCAUACUGGCUCUCCCGGUGCAAAGAAAAUCUUGACCAUGUUAUCGACUCAGGAGGUGAAUCAACUCUUGAAGAAAUACGAGACUACUUUCUCCGUCGAUCGAGUGGGAAACCCAGUUUACCGAUACGAUACCAAUCAUGUGGCAUCAAAUGCGCCAAUAGAAGAUGACUCGUUAUGUGCUGUCAUGACUCGAGAUCAGUCAGAGUCAGAUCCCAAAUCACUUUUGAAACCAUCUGCCAAGGAUAUGCUUUUUUUCGGUGUUUUUGAUGGUCAUUCUGGUUGGCAGACCUCGAAACUAUUGGCCGAGCAGCUCCUCCCCUCAGUCAACCGAGAACUACACUCCGUCUUUCGCAGUGAACCGGAAUACGUAACGGCCUAUCUUGCGAAGCAACUAGCUCAAGCCCAUCCUGAUAAGAAAGCCACCGAUGGAGCUCGCGAGGUUCAAAUCCCGAAGGGUGUAAUGGAAAAGAUUUGGAACAUCGUCACAUGGAACAAUCGACAUAACCGAACGGUGAUUGACAAUCUCGACCAAGACGAUGAUGUUGUUAAGCUUGCUAUUCAAAACGCCUUCGUGAAGCUAGACAAUCAAAUUGUGGGUCGACCUCUGCAGAUGCUGGCGGCAUACGAGGCGCAACGGAAGUCUGGCGACAAGAGUAUUCCUAAAGCUUAUGGCGCCGACGUUACCCCACAACAAACAGCCUCCCUACAAACUCUGCUGCCAGCCUUAAGUGGUUCUUGCGCUUUGCUUGCAUAUAUCGAUACUCUCCGAUCAAAAGUACAUGUAGCGUGCACUGGUGAUUCCAGAGCGGUCAUGGGAGUCUGGGAUCCGAAAGCCAAUAAUGGUAAAGGGAAAUGGAAGGCCCAAUUGCUUAGCGAAGAUCAAGAAGGCAUGAAUCCGAGAGAAGUUGAAAGAAUGCGAUCAGAACAUCCCCCUGAAGAACGAGAAAAUGUCAUCAGGCGCGGUAGGGUGCUGGGAGGUUUACAGCCCACAAGAGCCUUCGGGGAUGCACGUUAUAAGUGGCCAGUCGGCAUCCAAGAAAAGCUCUAUGAAGCCUUCCAUCCAUCAGGAAGGGCAAGACGUGAUCCAAUUGACUACCUCACCCCACCUUAUGUUACCGCCAAGCCUGAAGUCGUCUCAACCUCAAUCCCUACUCCAAGUGAGACCGAUAAGCCAGCUUUCGUUGUUUUGGCAACUGACGGUCUGUGGGACAGACUAGAAACAGCUGAAGUGGUCGGGCUAGUUGGCAGAUGGAUCGAAAUGGGUGGCCAGCAUCCCUCGAUCUUAUCCUCUAAACAGCGGGUCUUGGCUAAGAAUCAAGUCGCGGCGGCCGAUCAAGUGGAAGUAAUCUGCCCUCCCGGAGGUUUUACGCCCACCGCACAUGAUCCUCAAAGUUCUUCGCAACAAUCUUUUAUUUUUGAAGACACAAACGUUGCCACUCACCUGAUCCGCAAUGCUCUUGGAGGUGCAAGUCGAGAAAAAGUGGGAGCACUUCUUAGUAUUCCUGCUCCGCAUUCAAGACGAUACCGAGAUGACAUAACGGUCACUGUUGUAUUCAUUGAUCCUGAGAAGAGCUCUCAGAAUAGUUCGAGCCGAGAUAAUGAUAGGGUUGUCGGGGAAGGAAUAACAAAAACAAAACCUGAAUUAAUCGGAAUCUCAAAGCUUUAAAGUAAUGUUGAAGUUUAGUUCGUCUUUAUUUGACAUGAAGCUACAAGAUCUUCGUAGCUUGUCCCUCAUAAGGCGUUAUUUCAUGUUCCUUCUUGAACGCCUACUCGAAAUCAGAAAACUCGUGGUAACGCGAUCUUACCGCUUGAGGGCUC